CUCAAGUGCCUCGAAAAUCCAGAUUAUCUUGAAAGAAAACAAUGGCUUACUUACUGGAUCAUUUUUUGCUUUCUUCAAAUACUUGAAUUGUUUUCUGAUAUAAUUCUGUAUCAUUUUCCCCCGUAUUUUCUUUUCAAGGCUUUACUUAUUUUAUGUAUGAUAUUACCACGGCUGAAAGGCGCCAGUGGCAUAUAUAUGUAUAUAUUACGACCAUUACUUAUCCCUCAAAAUAGUACCCUUAAUAAUACUUCGGCGUCAUAA